AUGUCAAUGCAUCUCCCCCUCCAACGAAUCGGUGCCACCAAACUCCCUUCCACAACCUACAUCUGCUCGCAAUGCCGACACGCAACCCUCCUCCGCCGUCCUAAACGUCCCUAUACUUUCACUCAGCUCAUCACCCUCUCCGACGGAAGUACAUUCACGCACCGCACCACCUCUCCUCAAGCAGUCUACCGCUCCACCCGUGACACACGCAAUGCGCCCAUGUGGAAUCCGUCCAGCGAACGCCUACUCAAUGUCGAAGAAGACGAGGCGGGAAGGCUAAAAGCGUUUAGAAGUAGAUUUGGAAGAGGGUGGGAUGCGACGAAUACGGUUUCUAUGGAGGCGGCGCAGGGGGAAGACAAGGCCGCCGCUGCUGUGGAGGAGUUUGACGAUGAGGACGAUAAUUUGCUGGAUUUGAUCACUUCGUUCGGGCAGGAGGAAUCGAAGCCGAAGGCUGGGAAGAAGAAAUAA